AUGAGUAAUGCGGUAGGAGCUGCAUGGCAAAUCCCAUGCUCGGGGUUCAGAUCCUCGAGCAUCUUGUCGACCUUCCGCUCUCAAUGUCGCGAUCUUCGCCUACACCUACAGCCGAGCUUACACAGUAACGUGCGCUGGUCUAGCUCCGUGAGCUCUUUUACUCAAAUUGGACGACCCCUGAUUUCAUCUUCUCCGCCUCGAUACUCCUCGGCCCCUUCUUAUUGGACCAGAAACAAAAGAACUCUGGCUCGCAAACCUACCCGAAAAGCAUCCGACCCGUCAACAGGCGCAAUUGUCGCCUCCGAGGCCGAGAUUAAAGCUGUCUUCCCCCAUUCGCAAAUAUCUACCAAAUUGGCCAACCGCACCCUGGCAGUCUUGCAUGCGCGGAGGUUAGAGGGUACCCUGGAUCUAGAUCUUCCCAAGGAGAUCACCCGGGCUGUAACUCAACCACAGCUUGACACUGCUUUGGAAUGGUUACGGCAGAAAUACCCAAUCGAUGAAGAUGCCGCGAUUCUAGCUCGAAUUGAACGGGAAGAGCGACAGGCGGAGGAGAAAUUGGUGCGCCGCGCCGAGGAGCUUGGUCUUUACAAGCCACAGAGCGGUUCAUACGGGGCUGAACUCGGCGAGGAAAACUCGGUCUAUGGAAAGAGUGUCCUCAAAGAGGUACGCGAGAAGAACGAGAAACGCUUGCUGGGCGAAAAGGAACGCAAGCGCCAAGAAUGGUUGGCAGGUGAACACGAAGAGCAGGAGCGACUCCAACGCCAAAUCGAAGGCAGCAAGGAGUUGCAGCAAUACCAGGAAUCGGCUUUGAUGGCGGCGCGUCCGCGGGCGGACCCCAACGAACGGCCGUACCUUGCUUGGGUCCAAAAGCAUCACAUUGCGGGGACACAUAACCAGGCUGAUGCUGUGAAUAUCACGACGCGGCUGUUGUCGUCUAUCCUGUUCACUGUCGCUGUCCUCGGCCUCUGCUUUGCAUUUUCCCAGACCUACGAGGCGCCAGCAAGAAAGGAUCGUCUAUGGCCCAACGUUCCUCCGGCUGCGGCAACUGUAGGCGCUAUCAUCGGUGCCAAUGUGGCCGUCACAUUGAUGUGGAAAUACGUUCCACCCUCAUGGCGACUGCUGAAUCGCUUCUUCAUUAUUGUUCCCUUUUAUCCCAUUCAUGAUGAGCUCGGUCGUGGGAACUUCUUGGCCAUCUACUUCGCCUCUGGCGCGGUAGGAUCUUUGGUGUCCUUAUCUCGCAGCGUCUUACUGGGAGCUCUCGCCACUACCUCUCUAGGUGCCAGUGCAGCUACCAGUGGAAUUGUUGCCGCAUGGUGCAUGUACCACUUUGACGACAAAAUCACCAUGUGGAUUCUACCCCAUCAAUUACGAGAGAUCCUCUGGACCCAGGGCUGGAUAUUCCUCGCCUGCAUUGUUGGCACCGAGGUGUUGAGUAUGAUGACUCCAGCUCGCUUCCUCCAGGUCUUCCCCUUAUCCAGACUCGCCAAAAUGGACCACGCUGCCCAUCUUGGUGGUUACUUCGUUGGUACUAGUUGUGGUUAUGUUCUCACACAAAGGAAGAAGGAGAAGAAAAUUCGAGAGUCGAAGUGGCUUGAGAACCUUGUCCGGUAA